CAAGGCGACUACGCCAGUUCCGUUUCCCUGCUGAGUGUGUUAGCAGAAGGAGCCGCUGGUUUCCGCUCCGCUGAUGGUGAAUCGCUGCUCCUGCGGUAUCGGGAGGAGGUUUAGAGCCCGCAGUGGAAGCGCAGCGGUACUUCGGGAUUCAGCUUUAUCAUUUUCUCGUCGAGUCGCGUCCACGUACGAACUACUGAAGGAGGAGGGAAGGCAGGAAGGGAAGAUAGCAGGAAGAUGGCGGCGGCGGCGGGGGCCUUGCCAGGCUCGCCGGACUGGGUCGUGCUGAGGGACGGCUGCCUGCGCUGCGACGAGGAGGGCCUGCGGAGUUUGUCCUACCACCCGGCCCUCAACGCCAUUCUGGCCGUCACCAGCCGGGGCAGCAUCAAAGUCAUCGACGGCACCUCCGGGGCUAUUUUACAGGCCUCGGCUUUGCACGCUAAACCUGGAGGCCGGGUGAGGUGUCAGUACUUCCCAGCUGUGGAUAAGGUGCUGUUUGUGGACGAUUAUGCUGUUGGCUGCAGGAAGGACUUGAAUGGGAUCCUUCUUUUGGACACGGCUCUCCAGGCCCCCGUGUCCAAGCCAGAAGACAUGGUCCAGCUGGAGCUGCCCGUCACUGAAGCCCAGCAGAUGCUGUAUGCAUGCAUGGAGAAGGUGGAUGUUUCAAACACGGAGGGCUACGACCUGUUUCUCACCCAGCUCAAAGAAGGCCUGGAGAAUACCUCACAUGAGACAGCAGCCAAUCACAAAGUGGCAAAGUGGGCAACCGUGACCUUCCAUCUCCCUCAUCACGUGCUGAAGGUGGUAACGAAUGCCAUCGUGAACGAGCUGAAAAAGUUGAAUCAGAAUGUGGCAGCCUUAUCGGUGGCCUCUUCAGUCAUGGACAGACUCUCCUACCUCUUGCCAAGUGGCAGGCCAGAACUGGGUGUUGGACCCGGACGCUCUGUAGAUAGGUCUUUGAUGUAUAGUGAAGCCAACCGGAGAGAAACAUUCACAUCAUGGCCUCAUUCUGGCUACAGGUGGGCUCAGCCUGAUCCCAUGGCCCAGGCAGGAUUUUAUCACCAGCCUGCAUCGACAGGUGAUGACCGGGCCAUGUGCUUCACCUGCAGUGUGUGUUUAGUGUGCUGGGAACCUACAGAUGAACCCUGGUCUGAGCAUGAGCGGCAUUCACCCAACUGUCCAUUUGUGAAAGGAGAGCAUACACAAAACGUUCCACUGUCCGUCACCUUGGCCACAAGCCCUGCCCAGUUUCCCAGUGCAGAUGGUUCGGAUAAAAUCGUGUGCUAUGGGUUUGGAAGCUGCCCUCAUUUUCUUGCAACAGCAACCAAAAGGGGGAAGAUUUGCAUCUGGGAUGUUUCAAAGCUUAUGAAGGUGCAUUUAAAGUUUGAGGUGAACCCGUAUGACCCAGCCAUCCUUAGGCAGUUGAUCCUGUCUGGGAGCGAACAGCAAAAUCUCACAGGCACCGAAUUACGCAGACCCACACUCUCAUGGCUAGAGGAGGCCACAUGCUGCUCUGACUUACCCAAACUAGAGGGGGACAGUGAUGACCAGAUAGAGGACUCAGACAGUGAAGAGCAUUCCAGAUCAGAGUCAGUUACAGGCCCAUUGGGUCAGAAGGAGACGAUGGAGGUGAGUUUGGGAGUCACAGCUCUCAGUGUUCUACAACAGCCUGAGAAAUUGCAGUGGGAGGUGGUGGCUAGUGUUCUUGAGGACACAGUUAAAGACCUGGAGGAGCUGGGGGCCAAUCCUCCACAUUCACUGGGCCCCCCUAAAGCAGAUAAAGCUAAGGAUCGGCCAGCUGAACAUCACAACAUUCCCUUUCCCUGCCUGCUGGCUGGUGGACUGCUAAGCUAUCGGUCAGCGGCUAGUUCUCCACUAGGUCCUCCUCCAUCUCGCCGCUCCAUGGAUAGCCCAGUAAGGACUGCUGCCCCUGAGGGGCUUGCGCCAGACCAGGGGCCUAUGGAGAUUGAGUCCUGUAACCCUUCAACAGACCUGGGCUCCCCAAACUUACCACCAGCCGCCCCUGUGCAUAGGACUAUGCCUGUACUGCUCCUGUACAGUAUCAAGGAAGCAGAUGAGAAGUCUUCAGGGAAGGUGUUCACCCAGAUGAACAACCUGAUGAGCAAAGGGCUUCAUGACGAGGGCUUUACCGUCCCACAGAUUAUAGAGAUGGAGUUUGACUCACAUGAGCAGCUGCUGCUGCAGGACCCUCCCAUCACUUACAUUCAGCAGUUUGCAGAUGCAGCUGCUGGGCUUGGACCUCUGGAUGGUGAAAAGUGGAGCUCAAUGGCUCCACGGCCUGGCUCUCUAGUGCAGUGUUUGCGGUUGCCGAAAGCACUGGAAGAAGAAAAUCUGUAUGUAGACUCUAUCACACCAUGCAGUGAUGGCUUACACUUGUUAGUUGGUCUUCAGCCGUGCUCUGUAGAGUCUCUUAGCGCAAUCAAUCAGGUGGAGGUGUUAAACACCCUCAACCGCUUGCACUCGGCUCUCUGUGGCCAUCGCAAAGGACAGACAAUGGCCAAUGGUCAUGAUGCCCACACGGGCACCUCUCCUCCGCAAACCCCUCUCAUCUUGCCCCCUCCUGAUCAGCAACAGCCCCAUACCUCCAGACCUCUUGGGGGCAGUGGUGGCGGUGGAUACCUUGCACUCUACAAGUUGAAUUAUUCCACUCGCAUUGUGACCCUGGAAGAGGAACCUGUGAAGGUGCAGCAGAUUCGGGACCCACGGGACGCCGUCACGUCUCUCCUCCUCCUGCCACCAGAUGUGCUGGAUGGCAGAGAGGAUGAUGGAGAGGAAACUUCUGAGGAGUCAACACCUUCAGGGCUUAAAAAUGGCACGGGGACAGUGGCAUCUACAAUUACAGCUGGUCCAAGCUUGGGAUCAGCCACUGGGAAGGAGAAGAGAGGAGAGGUGGCUGGACUAGGACACCUGGUGGUGACUACACAGGCAGGUUACAUCAUGAUUCUGGACUUAUCCACUUUAGAGGUUUUAGCCAAGGUGGAGCCAGCGAAGAAAGAGGGGACAGAGGAGGUGGACCCCUUCGUCUCUGUUACCUACUGCUCAGGCACCGACCGUCUGUGUGCCUGCACAAAAGGUGGAGAGCUUCAUUUCCUUCAAAUUGGAGGUGUGUGUGAUGAUAUAGAUGACGCCGACAUUUUUGUCGACGGACCCCUGUCUAAUAGGGCGGAUCAGCUACUGGAUGGAGCAAAACCCACAUCAAAUCCUUCAAGCCCUGGUAUCACAGGAGUUGACCUCUUGGUGGACCAGCCAUUGACCGUAGAGACACUUUCCUCUCUAGUGGAACUAACACGUUUUGAAACGCUCACACCACGCUUCUCAGCAACGGUGCCCCCUUGCUGGGUGGAGGUGCAGCAGGAACAGCAGCAAAGGCGGCACCCACAACACCUUCACCAACAGCACCAUGGUGACGCAGCACAGCACACUCGCACAUGGAAACUCCAGAGUGACAGCUCCAGUUGGGAUGAGCAUGUGUUUGAGCUUGUCCUGCCUAAAGCCUGCAUGGUAGGACAUGUGGACUUUAAGUUUGUGCUGAACAGCAGUAUUACUAACAUCCCACAAAUCCAGGUCACGCUGCUGAAAAACAAAGCGCCAGGCCUGGGCAAAGUUAACG